AUGGAUAGCGCCAGGACUGGCUCUGGAGUAAAUCAACCACACACUCUCAACCCAAAUAACCACAACACUUUGUUGCCUAGAAUAGAAGAGACAUCAUCGCAGCUCGGCGGUACAUUUCAGACCCACCGCAGGGCUGGUUUGCUGGGUGGACCUCUUGUUAUAUCCGGUACUACCACACACAAAGGGCGUUCGUUUGGUCAAAGUCAUUGGGUGAAUCUGAUUUCUCUGUUUGAUGACAUUUGUGGGACAGUUGAGCAGCAUUUACAACACAACCAACCUAUUGCUCUUUCCAAUAUUGAAAAGUGUAAGGCGUUGGCUAGAACCAUCAAGCCGCGGCGAGUACCCUCGGGCCCUAUCAAUCUCACUCUAGAUCUCCCUUCCAAACAGGUGUCUGACGAGCUUGUGGACUGUUACCUCCAGACGAUAGAAUCUGUGUAUCGAAUUCUGCACAUCCCAACCUUUAGAAGAGACUAUGAGACACUGUUCCUGUCUGCAGUAGACCCUGCGGUCAACAACGCUUUCGUAGUUCAGGUUAAGUUAGUACUCGCUAUCGGUGCGGUCACCUACGACAAGGACUUCUCUUUACGGGCUCUGGCAAAUAAAUGGAUAUAUGAAGCUCAGGCCUGGCUUUUGGACCCUAAAUUCAAAUUAAGAUCUAACAUUCAAUCAUUACAGUCACAUCUGUUACUUCUGUUUGCCCAAAAAACGGUAGACAUCGACGGAGAUCCGAUGUGGGUGUCAGUCGGUACCUUGUUAAGAAGAGCAAUCUAUAUGGGGCUGCAUAAAGACCUUGAUGGAAUACCUUGA